CCGAGAUCACCUUACCAAAGCCUUUUCCUGACCUCCAAUCAUGAUGCUGAAUAUCCUGACCGGAAAUCUGACCUUUGAGUCACUUCGUCCUCCAGACUUGACCUGCUGUACUAAAAAACAACUGCGGGAAUACUUUGAAAACAGCUACGACUUGAAUGAGUCUCUCUUCACAUCAUUGCGAGACGAGUCUGUGUUCUACACAUGUCCAGACAGGCUGAGACUUCCCCUGGUAUUCUACUUUGCCCAUACUGCUUCCGUUUAUGUCAACAAGCUCAUGCUGGCCGGACUCAUCAAGGAGCGAGUGGACUUAGACUUUGAGACUAUGUUUGAGACUGGUGUUGAUGAGAUGUCCUGGGAUGAUACGGAAAAUUAUCGUAUGGGAGGAAGUUAUCAAUGGCCAUCUCUGGACAAGGUCAUUGAGUACAGACAAAGAGUGAGAAAUUUGAUCCUUAAGAUGAUCCAGGACACACCACUUGAACUACCUGUAAAUAAGGACAGCACCUGGUGGGCACUGAUGAUGGGCAUUGAACAUGAAAGAAUCCACAUAGAGACAUCAUCUGUCCUCAUUCGCCAGCUUCCUAUCACCAUGGUGACCAAGCCAAAUGGUUGGGUUUAUGGUCCACUGAAGUAUGGAGAAAAAGUGAAGACAAACCCAUUGAUAACUGUGGAUACAAAGACAGUGACAUUUGGGAAGCCAGACAAUUUUCCCUCAUUUGGCUGGGACAAUGAGUACGGAGAGAUGACUUGCAAUGUGCCCAGCUUUGAAGCGAGUAAGUUUCCUGUGACUAAUGGUCAAUUCCUGAAGUUUGUUCAGGAUGGAGGCUAUACCAACAAGAAAUACUGGACCCCAGAGGGAUGGGAGUGGCGAUCAUUUCGCCAGGCAUGUCACCCAACCUUCUGGACCUGCGAUAAAGGCUGUAAGUCGAGUUGUGGAUCAGCUUUAUCCUCUCACUCGCACUGCUCACCAAAAAUAUCCGAUGGUAUGGAGUCAAAUGGCAACACCAAUGGCUUCACUAAGACUGACAUAGUGCCAUACAAAUAUCGUGCCAUGUUUGAUGAGAUAAACAUGCCACUUGAUUGGCCAGUAGAUGUGAACUACCACGAAGCUCGUGCUUACUGUGCCUGGAAGGGACCAGACUUCCGUCUGCCCACAGAGGCUGAAUAUGCUGCCAUGAAAGGUUCAGAGCUGCCCACGAGCUGUGGUGUCAAGUGUGAUGUUAUCUUCCAGGAGAAUUCAGGUUCUAAUAUCAACCUGUUGUAUGGAUCGUCCACGCCAGUUAACAUGAAUGCAGCAUCAGAGCUUGGAUUCCAUGAUAUUUACGGGAACGUCUGGGAGUGGACAGAGGACCACUUUAAUGGACUGGAUGGCUUUGAGUCUCACUUCUUGUAUGACGAUUAUUCCACACCAUGUUUUGAUGGAAGACACAACAUCAUGAUGAAUGGAUCAUGGAUGUCCACUGGUAGUUAUGGCUCUAAAUUCACACGGCUGGGAUUCCGUCGACAUUUCAUGCAGCAUUGUGGUUUUCGGGUAGCUCGACCUGUAGUGAAGAAGAGAGAGAAGAUCAACAUCCCAGUGGCCAGCUUGGAAAUGGAGGUGUUUGUAUUGGGGGUCGGAGAUCAAGACAUUCCCGAAACCAUUGACACAACAAAGUAUGAGCUGACCCGCAGGCGCACAUCUAAUUCCCAGUACGAUUUUGACAGUAAGGAGGCGUUGGCAGGAAUUCUGGAACAGGAGUUUGGUUAUAGAGAUGCUUUACCAUGUGUGGUGGCUGACUUAUGUAGGAGUUACACACAUACCUACAAGUGUGGCACUACAUCAGCGGCCUGGUUUGGGUCGGGCAGUGGCCGCGGACCCAUGCUUCUCUCGUCCACAUUCACCAAUAUAUUGGCUGUGGACUACAGUGGAAGAUUUAUCGACACAGCUCUCCGUCUACAGCGUGGUGAAGAAAUACCUUAUACAGGACCAGAUGGUCAGGAGACCUCUGCUGUCAUCAUUGGGACAUCCCAAAAUGUCACCUUCAAACAGUUUACCUGGGUCCCUAAUGAGACUGGCAGGCACAACCUGGUAGUAAUGACUUUCCUAGGAAGAACUCUAACACCUAAAGCUUGGCUGGUAAGAAUGUGGGAGAUUCUGGAAGACACUGGAAUAGUGGUUAUUGUGUCCGAGGAUGAAACCUGGGGACGUGAUGCUCUUGCACCACACCUGGAGAGCAGAUUGAAAUGUGUUUGCAUCCAGGAAGUCCCCUAUGAGAAAAGUGGAGGGAAAACGGUUGCCGUGGUAACCGUGUGGUCCUUGAAGUGUUGAGAGCUGUAGUCCUGACUGUCAGCAACUGUUAUGAACAGAUUUUGUGUGUUUCCCUAAGGAUUAAUGCUUGAUCCCGACAUCAGAGCUGUAGCAGAUUUCUUGUGGUUUUUUUCCUCUUUGUAUUGAUGCUUGGUCCUGACUAAGGACCUGUAGCAGAUUUCUUGUGUAUUUUCCCCGUUACAUUGAUGCUUGGUCCUGACUAAGGACCUGUAGCAGAUUUCUUGUGUAUUUUCCCCGUUAUAUUGAUGCUUGGUCCUGACUAAGGACCUGAAGCAGAUUUCUUGUGUUUUUUCACUUUGCAUUGAUACUUGGUCCUGACUAAGGACCUGAAGCAGAUUUCUUGUGUUUUUUCCCCUUUGUAUUGAUACUUGGUCCUGACUAAGUACCUGUAGCAGAUUUCUUGUGUUUUUUCCCCUUCGUAUUGAUGCUUGGUCCUGACUAAGGACCUGUAGCAGAUUUUGCUUUGUGUUCUUAUAUUGGAAUUAAUGUACAAAAGAAGUCCAUUUAUUCAGUUCUAUAUUAAAUGUACUAACAUUGAUGUGAUAUUUUCUUUGAGGCAAAGUGUAUACUAUGUGAUGCUUUUAGUUAUCAGACAUAACAUGAAGACAACAUAGUGUUUAUAUAGUCAGAAGGAUGCCUGUUGUGUUGUUAUAGUUUAUCAGAUGUCAGAGUAUUAUUGUUUGUUGUAAUUAAAACUUUUACUGAUGUUUCUUGAAGAAGACAUGAAGCUUUAAUGAGGAGAUGUGUUGUAUUUAUUGUGUUUAACUAUAUGAUAUUUACCUUAUAUUUUGUAUGUGUUGUCGACACUGCCCUCUACAAUAGUGUCUCUAUUGUCAUGACAAAAUACCCAUCUUUUUAUUGGUUGUUACCAAUAGCCUUGUUCAACUAAAGACAUUUCUUUAUUAUACAAGAUACUUUUCUGGUAGUUAGGUCUCUGGUAGAUACACAAACUAGGAUUAUAUAUUAUUUUCUAUGAUGUAUUACAUGAACUGAAGGUAUUUCAGGGAAUUGUAAUCAUACAUUUUUGAUAUAAGAGAUUAGGAUUGAGAUGAUUCAUUGUGUUACACACAAACGAUAAAGCUAUUUAUUGUGUUACACACAAACGAUAAAUCUAUUUAUUGUGUUACACACAAACGAUAAAGAUAUUUAUUGUGUUGUUUUAAACACUUGAUCCACCUGUUCUAAUGUGGCUGGCUUUGUGUUUAUCACUAUAUAAAUUUGA